UGAAAAUAAAAAUUGUUGGGAGGCAAGCGGUUUCGAACCCACACCCCUAUUUACCUUAAAUUCAAAAGUUAUCCGACUACACCAAAGAAUACAGAAUGUUAAUUUUAAGCAUGUUCUAAUGCUUUUUUCUGGAAUAAAUAUUUUAAAAUCAUUUUUGUUGGUUUAUUCAAAAUUCUAUUUAAAAUGAAUAGAAAAUUAUUUAUUUUUGAUUGUAUUAUUAAUCUAAUUUUGUUUUUAAAGUACAGAAAAAAUGGAACACAAUAGAUAUGGAAAUAAAAGACACGGCGGUGUUGGACAUGACGAUGCUGCUGCAACAAUUGUCGAUGAAGGAAAAUUAAAUUUGGAAGCGGACCAAACAUCUUCAAUUAUUUAUCACAAUCCUUUCCUAGCCCUUUCUAUCCAACAACAACGUCAACGCUUGCCAAUAUCAAAAUACCGAAAUCAGUUACUUUAUUUGGUUGAAAAAUACAAAACUUUAGUGGUUGUAGGAGAAACAGGAUCAGGCAAAAGCACUCAACUCCCCCAAUAUCUCGCAGAAUUUGGAUGGGCUCAAGAAGGAAAGAAAAUUUGUAUAACACAGCCUAGAAGAGUUGCAGCAGUUACUUUAGCUAAUAGAGUAGCAGAAGAAAUGAUGUGUUCUUUAGGUUCUGAAGUUGGUUAUGCUGUUCGUUUUGAUGAAUGUAUUUCUGAUAAAACAAAAAUAAAGUAUGUUACGGAUGGUCUUUUGCUUAGAGAAUUAAUGAGUGAUCCAUUGCUAGAGGCAUAUAGUGUUGUAAUCAUUGAUGAGGCUCAUGAACGUUCUGUCAACUCCGAUUUAGUUAUUGGAUUACUUCGAAAAAUAAUUGCUAUAAGAGAUGAUCUUCGAAUUAUUCUGUUUCGUGACUUUUUCGAGUUAAAUGAAGAUUACAAAAAUCCUGAUAAAAAUACUGCUACAAUAAUUUCUGUAGAGGGAAGGAUGUUUCCUGUUAAUGUAUUCUACACUAAAGUAGGAGUCCCAGAUUAUGUCCAAACAACAGUUGAUACAAUUCUAAGAUUACAUAGAGAAGAACCUUCUGGUGAUAUUUUAGCCUUUCUAACUGGUCAAGAUGAAGUUGAACAAGCAUGUAAAUUGUUGGAAGGAAGUGUUAAAUCUUUACCUAAAGAUUUGGAUAAAUUGUUGAUUUUACCACUUUAUGGAGGUCUGGACAUUUUUUUAUAUAUUCUUUACUUGGUGUUGGGCAGGUUUAAAUUUGAAGAGUUCUCUACUUUGAGAACUCCCUUGCAAGAAUUCCAUAAUUAA